CCCCUCAAGAUGGCGGCGUCCCUCAGCGGGAUGUUUUCCAGUCAGGGUCCGGGGCCGCCGCUGGCCCCGCCGCCGCCGCCGCCGCUCCCGCCUCCGCCGGGCCCGCCCGGGGGUCCCGGACAGGCCGGACUCCUCCCGACGCUGCCCGGGGCCCCGAGGAACGUCCUCGGCACGUUGGUGGACGAGCUGGAGGCCUCUUUUGAGGCUUGCUUUGCUUCGCUUGUGAGCCAGGACUACGUCAAUGGUACCGAUCAGGAGGAGAUUCGAACCGGUGUUGAUCAGUGUAUUCAGAAGUUUUUGGAUGUUGCAAGGCAAACAGAGUGCUUUUUCCUUCAGAAAAGAUUACAUCUGUCCGUCCAGAAACCAGAGCAAGUUAUCAAAGAGGAUGUGUCAGAACUAAAGAAUGAAUUACAGAGGAAAGAAGCACUGAUCCAGAAACAUUUGGGAAAGCUUCGGCAGUGGAAACAGGUGCUCGAAGACAUCAACGUGCAGCACGAAGUACCUUCAGACAUGUCUCAGGGACCUUUAGCCUACCUCGAACAGGCUUCCGCUAAUAUUCCUGCACCCAUGAAGCAAACGUGAUCCAUUGUCCAAUCUAUUUCUUAAAGCAAAUAGAGUACCACUGAAAACAAAAUCCUUUCUUGCAUACUUUGUAAAUAAAACAGAAGAAAAUAUUUUAAUGGGAAAAAAGUGAAGGCAUUUUGGCAGAAAGGAAUAUUUUGGUUUUAGGCGUCCAAAAGCUAGCAGUUUUGUGAUAGUAGGUAAUGUGAAACUCACUGAAUUUUAAACAUAAUUUUAACUUUGGGUAAAGUAAAUAUGAGUUAAAUUUUAAAUUAGUUUUACUUUGUCACUUACUGUUCUUUCAGUUGUACCUUUUUUAAAGCCAGCUAUUUGGGCACUUGUUCCCAACACAUUCAUUCAGUGAUUCGGUUUUUGUUUUUUUUAAAUCUCAGAAGGUUGAGUGGACCAAAUUGAUGAUUAUUCUUUUUAAAUUAAAAGUAUUACUCCUGUACCAGAGACUUUGAGUUAAAAUGAUCUUCAGACUACUGAUAUGAAUUGCUUUCCAACUUUAGUUCAGCCAUUAUGUGAAUCACUGGUAGGGUUCUCCAGGCCCAUGGCUUCUCCCCUUUAUCUGCCAGCCUUUUGGGUCUUAGGGCCUUCACAAAGAGCAAACAGGUGAAAUUCAAAUGAUUCGGUUUUACUUUUCGUCAUCUUUAAAUAUUUGCUGAGAAAGGAUCUUGAGGCUGCUGAGUGAUAAUGAUGGUUUGGGGUUAUUUGUGCAUUUUUUUUUUCAGCUGACCUCUGCUGAUUGUGGAUAACCAAGACUUGGCUGUCUUCUAGCUACACGAUAGACCAGUUUUACUACUUUAGGUUUUGCCCAUCAAAGGUUUCUGUUAGAGUUAAAAAUCCAAAAACUUCUGCAAAUAAUUUAGCCUUCUUUUAUAGCACUUAAAUGCGUUCAUCGUCUGAACUAUUUUGGAGCAAAUUCAAACCCAGGCGUUUCUGGGAAUUAACCAUCAAAUUGUACUUUAACCGAAAAUGGAUGCAGCAGUUGAAGUGAGACAUCACCUCCUUAUUAAUUCACCAGGCAGAAGUGGGCAAGAGAGAGAGCCAGUGGCUACAUGCAAGACCCUCAAACAAAAGCUACAAAUCAGGUUGUGGGUCCACACUGACUCUAUGGACUUGGCAUAUCACUUCAUUCCUCUCUGGAUCUGUUUCUCUAGCCUAAUACUUGCCCCCUCUUCAUCUCAAGGAUGAAAUUCUUGGAACUAUGAAUUGCUGGAUACACUGCGCUUCUGAACACAUGACAUCUGUCUCAAGGAAUGUAAGGCUUAAUGGCGUGCUUGUAAAUACUUUUGUACCCUUAGGAUGAUGUUAUGUGUUUUUUAAAAUUCAUCUACAGAAGUAAAGGGAUUUUAAAUCCUA